CAACUCUUAACUCUGAAGUUUUUCUUCUUCCCGGCGAUGACCGAUGAAACGGAGGAAGAUAACACGACGCAGCAGCGAUCAUCAGGAAACGACGGCGUUUCAAAGAAGAAGAAGAAGAGUGUAGGUUCGAAGGGAGAUAAAGCAAAGAGAGCUCUUAUCGGAGCUGGUGGUCGGAUCCUGUUUUAUCCGACUCUUUUGUACAACCUCGUCCGCUUCAAACUCCAGUCUCAAUUUCGAUGGUGGGAUCAAAUCGAUGAGUAUCUGCUGAUGGGAGCGGUUCCAUUUCGUAAGGAUGUUCCGCGAUUAAAACAGUUAGGUGUUGGUGGCGUGAUUACUCUUAAUGAACCUUAUGAGACUUUGGUACCAUCCUCUUUGUACAAUGCUUAUGAAAUGGAGCAUCUAGUGAUACCAACACGGGAUUACUUGUUUGCUCCUUCGAUUGCAGAUAUAACCCGAGCUGUCAACUUCAUUCACAAGAAUGCUUUGCUUGGUAAAACUACUUACGUCCAUUGCAAAGCUGGUCGCGGAAGAAGUACUACCGUUGUUCUCUGUUAUCUGAUUGAACAUAAGAGUAUGACUGUAGCUGCAGCUUUUGAACAUGUGCGCUCAAUAAGACCGCGGGUUUUAUUGCAUGAUUCACAGAGGAAGGUUGUUGAGGAAUUUAACAGAUUACAAUCUCCUUUGAGCGAAUCAGCAUUCAUCGCAACCUCUAAUGAUAUUGUAAGUUAAAUGGCAAAGACUAAGUCAGUCAUAACUCAGUAAUUCCGAAAUCGAUCAAAAGCUAAGCAGGAGGUGUUUUGACAAGACUUCUCUGCUUCCUUUUGGUUCUGUUAAAAUCUCCGGUUUUGAUCUUCUGAUUCGGCUUGGCUCCUGCGAAAUUGUGUCCGGUCUAGAUGGUUAGCAAUAUUAUAACAAAAUGACUUGUUGGUU